CACCUCGCGGCCUCCAGCCACCUGCUGCUGUCUGUCUUGGGGCCACCCUCCCCGUGCUCCAUCCUGUCCACCAGGCCCAGCGUGGCAACAGCGGGCCGGACUCUGGACCUGCUGCUUCUCAGACGUCUCCAUGACAACCAGGGCCUUGGAGGAGUUGGAUGGAGGCCUGGGCAGUUGCCAAGUGGACGAGGACCUCUCUGCACUUGCUGACCCCUGCCCAGGCCGGCCCCAGGAGGACAGGGCUCAAGCAACAUCCAGGCUGGCCGACUCCAGCAGCUGGCCCCGUGAUUCUCAGGAGCCGGCGGCUGAGGGCAGCACCACAGGCGGUGCGGAUGCUUGGCCCGAGAAAACAGAAAAGGAGCCUGUGGCCAAAGUGGCCUCCGGACCUGGCUUCCGGAGCUCCGCGCUGAAGAAGGCGCAGGCCGCGCCGCCCUCGGAGCCGCCGCCCACGCCCCCGGUCCUGAGCGAGGAGCUGCUCUGGGGACACCUGACGCUCAACAAGUGCCUGGUGCUCGCCUCGCUCGUGGCGCUGCUGGGCUCCGCCUUCCAGCUGUGCCGCGAGGCCGUGGCGGGGGAGGCGGAAGCCCCUGCGCCUGUCCCUGAGCCGUGGGUCCCGCCAAGCUCGGCCCUGAAGGAGCCAGCGUCACCCCUGGCAAAGUCCAUGGCCUGGGCCCCCCCACUGGGACCGCCCGAGCCCCCUGCGAAGGUAGAGGAAAGGGCCGCCGUUCCCAGGAGCAGCAGAGCUACAGGGAAGGACAAAGGGGAGUCUGAAGAGGUCGCUGAGGAGGAGCCCGUGCCGCUUGCCGACCGAGGGCCCAAGGAGAGGCGGAAGAAGGAGGAGAGGCUGAGAAAGGAGAGGCCCCGGAAGGAGAGGCCACAGAAGGAGGAGAGGCCGAGGAGGGAGAGACCCCGGAAAGAGGAGAGGCCGCGGGCUGCCGGGGAGGCCCUACCCCGACGCUGGGAGGCGCGCGAAAGGGGCCAUCGGGCAUGGGCAGGAGGGUCCGGAGACCCCGAGCAUAGGAAGAGGCAGGCCUGGGCCUCCCCGCGGCGCCCCGAUGAGGAGGACCGGCCUCCCGGCCGCCAGAAGCACCACGUGGGCAAGGGGCGGGACUGAGCCAGACCUGGGUCCUGCGCGGGGGUCCCUGAACCUCUGCUCGACCGCCCCACGGUUCCAGCAAAUAAAGCGAGUGCUGUGG